AUGAGGCUGACAUGGCUAGUAUUCCUCUGUGCGCUCCUCGCAGCAGUAUUAGCAUGGGACAAAGAAGAUUAUGAGAUAUUUGACAUAGUGGCUGAGCUCGAGCGGGGAGAAGGCAAAGGGGUUACAUUUUACUCGUUUCUCAAUGUAUCACCCUCAGCCAGCACAUCCGAGAUAACAAAAGCGUACCGUUCCACCAUGCUCGCCAACCACCCCGACAAGAAUCCCGGCAACAAGGCUAUAGCAGAGCGACACACGCGUCUCACUACUAUUGGCAGCAUACUGCGCAACAAGGAAGCACGCAAGAGGUAUGAUUUCUGGCUGAAGCGUGGUGUACCAUAUUGGAAGGGCGGCGCUUACCUGUUCGCUCGCUUCAGACCUGGUCUUUUCACGGCUAUCACCUUCCUCGCCCUUCUCACCGCACUCUUGCAAGCCACGGUGCAACGCAUGAACGCGACUAAAGACGUCAAAAGGAUUGCGCGUGUGCGCAAUAUUGCUCUCUCUUCAGGCAAGCGCAGAUGUCGCGUACCUCUGCGUGACGAUGGCGAUAUAUUCAUCGAUUGUGUGGUGGAUGGAGAGGAGGUGUCUAUUCUCGAUAGGGACGGCAGCACCCACCUCAUAACCGAAGAAGAUGUUCAGAAGCCUUCUCUGUACAGCCUCUGGCCUGUAACGCUCACUCUGGCCAUCGCAGCACCCAUUAUGCGCCUUUGUAACACCUCUGGAGACGCCCUUCAUGUGGCUACUGAGCCGGUGCUUGGCGAGGAGGGUGAUGAGAGUGAUGAGAUUGAUGAAAAGGGUCAUCAAGUACACAACGACAUCCCCAAACCCCCACAGAAACCUCUCAAAGCGUCAGAAAAGCUGAGAAACACUCGCAGACGCAGGGCUAACAAGUGA